GUGACUUUCCCUUUACCCACUCUACUAAGUCAUCAUCACGAAGCCUUUAUUUCUUCAUAAACAUAUAUAUUUAAAAUUUAAAUCAUCCUCGUUUUCGUGGUCAUUUCCAUUUCGAUCCUGUGAGUUCUCUUUGUCAUUGCCCCCAUUUUGUUAGCUUCAUUAUUUUGAUCGAAUUCAAGACUCGAAAAAUUGAAUCUUGCUUUGAUAAAUCAGUGAUUAGCUCCGGUUCCCUGAUUCUGAUGAUUUAUUUCUACUCACUCCACAAAUCAUCGCUUAAUUUCUCGUCCAAGCCCCAAUUCCUCUACUCGAUUUCAUCCGAUUUUUACUUUUUAGGUAUUAAUUGCUUGAAUCGUCUCCGUUUUCGCCUCAAAAUCUGACACCCGCGCACACAAUCUCAUUUUCCCCCAAUUUCAUUUUCAUAGAGCUGGGCCGUUCUUUGUUGUUCUGUUUGUUGAGCUCGAUUUGCAUUGUGAAAAAUGGGCGAUCGCUCGCAGCCAAGCUCAAUGGACGACCUGCCUAUCCACUUGGUUCUCGAAAUAUUGUCCUCGGGCCGCUUGAGCCCGGUGGAUUUAGCUUGUGUGGAGCUGACUUCACGGACCUUUUGGGAGGGUCACGAGCUGUUUCCUCAAAAGUUUCGAUCUUUAGUUGAUUUUGCGGCCUUCAAGCUUUGCGGGUCCCACCCAAUUUAUUCUUCGCUUCGGGAUGGUGCCCGGGAUGAACUUUUCAAUCGAUGUAAUGGGAAUUGGAAGCGGGUGUUGAGGUUCUUGCAAUCCUUGGAACAGUCUUCUCACAUGGCCGAAACCUCUUCCGGCAAGAUGCAGAUUAAAAGUGGAAGAUAUCACACACUACUGAUCAAUGACUCAGGAGUGUACUCGUGUGGAUCGAGCUUAUGUGGUGUCCUUGGUCAUGGUCCAGAAACAACACAGUGUGUGGAAUUUACGCCUAUAAGUUUCCCUUACCGCACAAAUGUGAUUCACAUCUCGGCCUCCCACAACCAUGCAGCCUUUGUUACGCAGUCUGGAGAGGUGUUCAUAUGUGGAGAUAAUUCAUCCUUCUGUUGUGGCCAUCGAGAUACGGCCCGUCCUAUAACAGUGUUCACAUGUGGAGAUAAUUCAUCCUUCUGUUGUGGCCAUAGAGAUACAGGCCGUCCUAUAUUCCGGCCGAAGCUCGUUGAAGCUCUCAAGGGUAUUCCUUGCAAACAGGUAGCUUCAGGCCUGAGCUUCACCAUGUUCCUCACGGCCCAAGGCCACGUCUACACAUGCGGGCUCAACACGCAUGGCCAGCUGGGCCACGGUGAGUCCACACACGAUCAACCGACCCCUCAAAGAGUGGAGCUCUUAGAAUCUAUUGUCCAGAUAGCCGCGGGCCCCAGCUAUGGGCUGGCUGUGUCGAGCGAUGGGACCUUAUUUUCUUUUGGGUCUGGCACAAAUUUCUGUCUUGGCCACGGGGAACAGCACAACGAGCUCCGGCCUCGGCCAGUUAUGUGGUUUCGGAGGAAAGGCGUGCAUGUGGUGCGUGUAUCUGCUGGGGAUGAGCAUGUGGUGGCCCUCGACUCGAAUGGAUAUGUGUAUACUUGGGGCAAAGGCUAUUGUGGUGCGUUGGGGCACGGGGAUGAGAUUGAUAAGACGCUGCCGGAACACCUGACGAGCCUCAGGGGUCAGCUUGCCGUGCAGGUGUGUGCGAGUAAGAGAAAGACUUUUGUCCUAGUGGACAAUGGAUCGGUUUACGGUUUUGGCUGGAUGGGCUUCGGGAGUCUUGGAUUUCCAGACAGAGGAGUUUCAGACAAAAUCGUGCGGCCUCGAGUCUUGGACAGCUUGAAAAACCACCACAUUUCUCAGAUUAGCACUGGUUUGUACCAUACUGUUGUAGUUACGAAUGAGGGACGAGUUUUGGGGUUCGGAGAUAAUGAAAGGGCACAAUUGGGUCAUGACACUCUGAGGGGAUGUCUUAAGCCAACUGAAAUCUUUAUUCAAACAAAAGAAAUUGAUGCUUAAACCUUAGUUUUGUAUUUUUCUUGGAAUACCUUAACUUAUGGCAGGACAAUUGUUGAUUUUCUUUAUAAAUUUAUUAUUCUUUCUCUAUUAAUUGAGAUGUAAUUGUGAAUUUGUGAUUUGUGGGCACUGUUAAGAAAUCAUGUCGGUAUAUCUGGCUAUCUGCUGUAUUAUUUGUGAAGAAUGUGACCUGAAGAUUAUUUAAAUCUGUGGGCCAAUACCCAAAGAGUUGGAUUUAACUUGCCAGUUGCUAGGAAUGAAAC